GUGAUGAAGCUCAAAAUAGGACAAAAAAUUGGCAAAGGAGGUCAAUCUGAAGUGUUUGAAGCUUUAGAUGAUAAUAAUAAUAAAUUUGCAGUCAAGGUAUUUUUUGACGAAGGACCAUUUCAGAAUGAGUUGGAGGUAAUGAAAGCAAUAGGAGAAAUUAAUUCUCCCAAUCUUUCUAAACUAAUUGCUACAUCUGAAUUUGAUAACGGGUCUCAUGGAAUUGUCAUGCCAUUGUUAGGCAAGAACUUCCGGAUAUGAAUCAAAGCAUCUGAGGAUAAGAAUGUUACCUCUAUAAAGUACGCUACCCAAAUGAUAGAUGCAAUUGAAUGCCUUCACAAAUGAGGCUACAUCCACUGAGAUAUUAAGUCCGAAAAUUUCAUUGUAUCCCAAGACAUGGAUACUAUAACUUUGAUCGACUAUGGUCUUUGCCAUAGAUUUCAAGAUAGAGAUGCUAUUUAUCAAUUUUUUAUUCAAGACGAGGACAUAUAACUAGUAAAGUCGAUCUCAAUUCUAAUAAUGCAAAUAAUGGUGAGAAGAAAUCCACCCAAAAAUACUUCAAAGGAACUUUAACCUAUGCCUCCUUGAACUGAAUGAAAGGCAAAGUUCAUAGCUAUAGAGAUGAUCUUGAAAGCCUCGCUUACGUUUUGCUCUAUGCCAAAGUCGGAUCACUGCCAUGGCAGAAGCAUAGAAAAAUUAUUGACAUUGCUCCUGACAUUUAUUAUUUAGAAGACAAAAGGGAGAAGAUAUAUGAAGAAAAAUUCAACUUUUUGAAAACCUAUAAACCCGAGGAUUAUAAAGAAGAUAUCACAAAUGUAGUAAAAUUUCUAAAAUACGCAGUCUCUCUUAAAGAAACUGAAAUUCCUGAUUAUGACUACUGAAAGGACUUAUUCGCUCGAGAAAUGAAGAGAAUGAAUUCUCCCUUAAAAUACAAAAAGGAUUUGUUUGAAUUUAUGAGAUGCUCUGAUAUCUCAUACUCAAAGAAACCCUCAAUCUCAUGAUUUAAGGAUAACCAGAGCUUCAAUGCUACACCCUUUGGGUCAUUUAAGAACAAAGUUAUAUGAAUAAAAGACUCUGAUGAUAAUAUUGUUGGUAAAGAUGAACAAGAUAGUGAAAAUCAGGAUGUUAUUUUCUAUAAUUAAACCCACUUUCCAGAAAAAGCAGAAUCACGGUUCAGACAAGGUAAUAUUACCUAAAAUGAGUAAUAAUUCAUCGAGAGACUUACAUGAUAAUACUUUACCUACCAAAACUCAGUCAGCACAUAAGAAGAAUCAUGGCAGAAGUAAUAAGUGACCAAGUCCUGCCAAUGAUGAGAAAAUGAUCUUAGGAUCAGCGGAGGAUCUUCUUAACAACGAACUUAUGAAGAAGAUUAUAAUUGCUCCAAAAGUAAACCCAAGAUUACGAAUAAUCAAAGAGGAGGAGCAACGGUUUUCAAAUUCCUUUGUAUUCACUCCCAAAGAUGAAACAAUCAAGAAGCUUGAUGACGAAUGAAAUGAUUUAUCAGCUUCUCUCUCAGUGCAAUUCCACCCUGUAAAACGGAAAGAGGAGAAUAAGAGUACAUCUUCUCAUUGAGAAGACUUGAAAUCAAACGAGCUAACGGAAUUUUAUCAAUAUUCAUCUCCUCAGGAACAUGAUUAUGAUAAAGAGAUCAUGAACGAGGACUUUGUUUACCGGCCAAAGGAUCUAAAGCUGUACAAUACCUCUGAUAUUUCAGGAAGUGGGAAAGCUAGUUUCAGUUCUUAAUCACAGCAUAACCAUAAUAGCCUUUGAUAUAUAUUAAAAUAAU